UUCUGCUAGCCACGGAGACAGCGACGUUAUCCUCGUAAGCAGCGACGAUGAACGCGAUGAAGUUGACGAUGACAUCGAGGUUAAUGAGAAUGAAGUGACGUUUGUGCGAGAAAUUAAUAGAAGUGUUGUGGAUAAUGAUGCUUCAGGACGAUCUAGUGGCAAGCGUCGGCGAGUGCGGGACUCCGACGUUUCCAUGACCGAAGCCUCGGUUGGAUGUCCCAAACGUCUCGCUCCGAUAUUUACCGCAGCAAACCAGUCACAGCACAUCGAAACCUUCGAAUCACCGGCGAUGCCACGAAUAGGAACGAACAAACGAAAAAUUUUAAACAAGAAAAUGGGCGUAGAAGAACGGAAGAGAGAACGGGAGCGAGUAAGAAUGCAAAAGAUGGAAGAGAAAGAAAGGUUAAAGCAAGAGAAACUGCUAGAGAAAGCGGCGAAAAAAUCCGAUACUCUAGCAGAGAGUACGAAGUGGCUUGUAAUCCACAUGAGUGAAGACCUGCUCACACACCCCAGCAUGAGUGAGGUGCCCUCAGCUGCUGCUGCUGCAGGCCUCACGCUGCGGGCUGAGCGUGACGCUGUCGUCAGGGAGGCUGUCACCUUCACCAGAGUUAACUUCUUCAAUAAAAAGGAGUCGUUGGAGGACCACGCGAUCGUGGUGCCGCGCUUGGAGCAGUUCUUGGACCUGGUGCAGGGACAGGUCAGCGGUCAGGGUGCCACGCUGCAGGAUGAGUGCCGUGCGUGGAAGAGGCAGCUGUGCGUGACACGCCUCACCCUCUUCGUGUGGCAACUAGAGCCUCAUCACAGGAGCUUGAAGAACAGCCAGAAGAAACAAAGCGGAUCUUUUGUUCCAAACAGGCUGGACGUAGAGACAGCCCUCGCGGUUGUACAGUUACAAGAGCAAGUCAAUCACCGGAUCUUCUGCACCGCAUAA